UGGCGGGUAGAUCAGAACGUCAACAUUGAGAGGAGGAGAAAAAAUGGCGGACGUCGCUGACUGCCGGUCAGUCGAGCCCAGUUUAACAGACUCUGGUCAAACAAGUGAAAACGCGAGCUCGAAUAUGUCAGGACAGACCGGUGUCCCUGAAAACGCCUCCGUUAAAUCGGCUAAAUGUGAGCCGCGCCGGAGCAGACUGAAAGUUUUUAACAAAGUAAUGGAGAAAAGCCUGCAGCGGUUAAUAGCAGAUGCGAGUUUCAACAGGUUUGCCCACUCUUUCCAUCCACUGUGCAAGCAGAAUCCACAGAUGGCCGAGGUCAUCCACAAGCAGUUCAUCAGUGAUCUGCAGAAAGCUAUCCAGGAGGACAUAAACAGAGUGAUAGAAGAAGGAGACCUGCAGGUGAAACUGGAGGAGUUGGACAGACUAGAAGAACAAGCUAAAGACACGCCAGGGCCUGCAUGGCGACCCAGUGGAGUUCCUGAGCAGGAUGUGUGCAGCGUGUUGAUUCCUUAUCACCAGGGGCAGGAGGAAUACGUGCGCAGAGAGCUGAGGAAGCUGCAGAAGGAGAACGCAGCUCUGGCACAGAGAGUACAGUCUGGAAGAGACACUAUCGCUCACACAGAACAGCGUAUAGCGGCAGCUGUGGAGGAGUGGAAGGCAUCUGUUGCUGAUUUGGAAUCGUUUGUCUCGUCACUUUGUCCAUCUGACGAUUUUUAGCUUCUCUUUGAGCUGAUGUGGACCAAAUCACUGUUUAUAGUUAACUCUGUUUUUUAGAUUUUAAACUAACUCGUAUUGUUUUAUUCUGCCAAAUGUGUUUCAUUAAAACUGUUUCUUCUUUGACUCGA